AUGGAAGACCUCAAUCUCCCGAUUGCCGUGAGGCGCCCACGGCGCAGCAGCAUCAAGCCUGAGCCAAUGGCCGAUGUACCCUCCUCUCCAAGAACCUCUGCCAAAACCCCUCGGAGGAGCAGCAAGAGGCGGGUCCGCUUCUCGGAUCCGGGACUCUCAGCAUCCAGCGGAUUGACCCCAAUGGUCGGCCGUGUAUCUGUUUCUACACCAAAACGUCGUCGUCACUCUUCUGCACCCGUGCAAAGUACACCUAGCAGACUUGAGCCAAAGAAUCCUGGCCUUCCUCAGAGCGGAGAGGUGACUUUUCUGUCUCUCCGCCAAGUCCUCGAUGGCCGUGUUCAACGCCGCAUCCGCCGCAAUGGCUUGAGUGAAGAGAUGAACACAAUACAACAAGAGAAGCGACGAAGAGCAAAGGAGUCCAAGGCCGAGAUCGAAAAGCUCAAGAACGAGCUCAAGGCCCGGGACCGAGAGAUCUACGAGCUGCAGAAUGCCACCAUCGUCCUCGACACCGACCGGAUAUGGGAUCUGGAGAAGCAGAUCCAGGAUCUUCAAAGCGAGCUGAAGAAGCGAUCUAGCAACGCGAACCAGAGCCGCGGGUACAAUUGGACCCUCGCGGCGAGGGAUCAGUUCCCCGGAGAUUGUAUGGACAUGGCGCUCGACGAUGAGGACUUUGGUGAGGAGACGAUGGCCCAGUUUGUCUGCAGCACUCCGCAGAGGGCGAGAGAUUCGGCAAGAGAUUCAUUCAUGACGCCCCCCGCGACAAGUCCUACGAUUCCUGGAUCACCGCUUUUCCCAACACUGCCGGCUUUGAACACCAACAUUGGCGUUCAAGCUGGCGUUCAAGCAACAUUGCCUGAUCCCAACCAGGAACGACUCGAAGGAGAGAUAUCCACUCUGCAACUUGAGGUCGCCAAGUUGACAGAGACUCUCAAUUCAUAUAAAGCGCUUGGUGGCCGACUCAGCGAGAAGCUCUCCGAAUUCACGCCUUCCACAGAAGGUGACAGCACAUCACCCGCCAUUGAAGGUCUUGAAGCCCAGAUUGAGAUGAUGCUCCAGACCAUGUCCGACAGGGCAUGCGCCUUGACCCAGCUCACAUCCUCAAUCACCAAACUCGGAUUCUCUGGCGAUGACGCCAGCGACAUGAUGACGUCCCUCGCAUCAGGUUUCCGAGCUGCUCGUCUAGAGUUGGAGUAUCUCACCCCGGGAGAGAUCACACUACCACUCUCAUCCCACGGCGCAGAGGUUCUAGACCUCCUCCUCACCCGUCUCCGCGAAAUGGCCAAGAAAGCCAAGGAAGACGAAGACGCCAUCGACGAGUACCACGAGAUCGAGUCGUCGCUGCGAAAACAGCUCGACGCACGGGUCACCGUUAUGGACGGCCUCAAGGCAGAGAUGGGCAAGGCGGAAAAGCUCAUGAGCGACAAGAUUGCGCGGAUACGCGAGCUCGAGGUCGCCAACCAGAGGCUCAAGGGUGCCGUGGAUGGGUACAUCCGGGAUAUCUCUGAGCUUGAGGAUCUUGUGCAGCGAAUGGAGCGAGAGGCUCACGAUGCUGAGGAGGAGCAUAGUGUCCAGCUUGAGGUGAAGCGCAAGGUCCUGACUAAGAAGGAGGACAACAUCGCUGAGCUGGAGGCCAAGCUGACAGACGCCCUGCAGCGGUCUGCGGAUCUGCAGAAGCAAAUGGUCGAGCUCCAAGAGUCCAAGAUGAAGGAUAUUUCGGAGCUGAACAGGAGACACGGCGCUGCCCUUGCAGCUGGCGAUGCAAACGUGAUGAAGUACCGCGGGGAGAUUGACAAGGUCAAUGAAGCCCUGCGCACAGCACACGCAACCAUCUGCAGCCUCCGCGUCGAAAACGGCACCCUAAAGACGCAAAUGGAACAAGACCGAGAAAAAGCCAGCGCGGUAAUCGACUCGAUGAAGGAGGAGCUGCAACGGGUCGUCCAGAUGAGCCAAGAGUUCCUCAAGACACCCAGCAAGACGCAGGCGGAGACCACACAGGGUUCAGCCAGUUCGUCGAGGACGGCUGUGAGCCGGGGCUCGUACUUUCCUGGUGGUUUGGCUCGAAGGACGAGUAAGAAGAAGAUGAGUAGGGGACAGGAUAGCGGGAUGGGGCUUUUGGAUGAGGAUGAGGAGUUGUUGUUUUAA